AUGUCUGUUCCUUAUCUAUCUAUCUAUCUAUCUAUCUAUCUAUCUAUCUAUCUAUCUAUCUAUCUUCUCCAUUAUCAAUCUGUAUCUAUUCGUCUAUCUAUCUAUUUAUUUUCAUUAUCUAUCUAUCUAUCUAUCUUUAUCCUAAUCUUCUUUAUCAAUCUGUGUCUGUUCAAUCAUCUAUUUAUCUAUCUAUCUUUCUAUCUAUCUAUCUAUAUGGUAUGUUUGCAAAAUUCGUAUGCAUUCUCUCUUUCAUUCUUUACACACCCGUUUCAUUGUUUUUUUCUUUCUUUAUCUCCUUCCUCCUCGUUUUUCGUCUUUCUCAUCUUUUUCUCAUUUUUCAUCUUUUUCUCAUCUUUUUCUCAUCUUUUUCACCGCUUUUUGGAAUGUUUUUUAGUCUUUUUGUUCUUCGUUCCUUCUUUCUGUUCUCUUCCCACUUUUCCUUUCCUUUUUUGCUUUAUAUGUUUUGAACUGACUUUCAUUUUCUUUCUUAUAAACGGAUUCAUUCAUCUUUAUGAGAAUUUUAUCUUUCAUUUUUCUUCCUCACGUCAUUUUCCUUCUUUUUCUUACUUCCUUCAAUCCUCUAAUCACUUUUUCUCUUUCAUAUUACCCCCCCCACCUCUCUCAUUUCGAAAAGGCACUUGUAAACUCAGCGCCACAAUAUUCUCAACCCUCAUCCCCCCAAUUUUAUUCUCUCAUAACACUACUCUUCCUCUGGGUGAAUCUCCAAGCCUCAGUCUAAUUCCCCUUUCCACAACCUUCGAUCCACCUCCAAAAUAUUUCUCAUUUCUUCUCCCACCUUCACCUCCUACUCCUUCCCCUCCUUUAUUUCCUCGAAUUACUGUUGCUAUUCACUUUAUUCCCUACCACUGCCCACCAGUCCAAAAUCCUUCCUUCAUUCUAAACAACGUCCGACCUCUCCAGGUUUCUUUUCUCACCACACUUCCCAUCCUUAUCCUACCCUUUCUAUUCCAUCUAGUCUAUCCCUUUAUUUUGAUUCGACGUUCAACCUCGCUCUGGCGUUAUCAGACUCUUUUGACUAUUAAACUAGUUCUUUUUCCUCGUUUCUUUUGCAUUUCAACUCUCUCAUCUUCUUUUUUAUCUCUUUGUUCUUUCAUUUAUCCCUUUUUACUCGCCUCCGAGCAUCUCACCUUCAGCUUAAUUUGCAUCUUUCUUUCCCCCGCUCUUUUUUAUACUCUUCUAUCCCCCCUUUUUUUUAAUACUCUUUCUUCCUUGUUGCUUCCACUCAAUCACUUUGAAUCAUUCUUUCUAUUAUUCUCUUUUCUUCCUCAUCUCUUUAUUUUCUUUUUUUUUUUAUACUUUUCCCGUCUUUUUAACGUUUGUUUUUCAUAUUAUGCUUCGACUUUCUUUCUAUUUUUUCUAUAUUUUUGUUCAUUAGUUUUUUUUUUGUUUCGUCUUUUUCAUUUCGUUCUUAGUUUAUUUCCCGUUUUCUUCUUUUUUUUAUUAUCAAUCAAUCUACGCUCUUUCCUUUCAGUCUUGGCGAAUAUCUAUCUAUCUAUCUAUCUAUCUGUCUGUCUGUCUAUUAUCUAUCUCUGCAUAUUCAUUUGA